AUGAAGAUUGUCAGAGAUCAAGAGAGAUCACUUACCAUAAUCUCAGGCGUUCUUUUUGCUGCAUCAGCGUGGUGGACUGUGAAGAAACACAGAGAAGGAAAAGAGCGACGUCUAAGAAAUGGACGGAGCCUUCGAAUUUCGAAAAGGGCAACCGAAUCCAAUAUCUCAACACGUUGUCAGCAAAGAGCGCUGUCUCCUGCAAUUCCAUACCUCGAAUCAUUCUUACUAGGACUACAAUAUCCUUAUGAUCCUGAUCAUCCAGACGGAUACAUUCCGCUUUGUGUUGCUGAGAACAAGCUGGCAACUGACCUUUUGGCGAAAAAGCUGAUGCAACCGCAGACCGCAAGCACAACAUUCUCAGAUGACAGCGUUUAUGCAUACAACUCCUUCUUAGGACUACCAGUUGCUCGGCAAGCAGCGGCUUAUUUCUUUGCCAAAAGGUUCCUUUACCCGCACUUGCCUUCGCUUUCAAUCGAAAAGGCUUUGGCUGCAAUCAGUCCCGACAGUAUCGGAAUUGCAUCAGGGGCUGCAGGAAUCCUCAACAGCCUUUUCUUUCUUCUCGGUGAUGGUGGUGAUGCAGCGUUAAUUCCUCGUCCCUAUUACAGUGCUUUUGACAGUGAUAUGUCUCUAGUAGCUGAGAUAACUCCUUUUGGUUUCUCACUUGCUAGACCGACACAAGGUCCAACCGAAAGCGAGCUAGACAUGGCAUAUUUGGAAGCUCGAUCACAAGGAUUGAAUCCGCGUUUUCUACUUUUAACGAAUCCGAAUAACCCCCUCGCGACCAUAUAUCGCCCUGAAGUGAUUCGAGAUGCGAUCAUUUGGGCAAGAAAGAGAAAGAUGCAUACCAUUGUAGAUGAAAUUUAUGCAUUGUCAGCUCCUCAAGACACCUUUCAAUCUGUUCUCCGGAUUAUGGAUGGACAACUAGGAGACGAUGUACAUAUGGUUUGGUCUCUAUCGAAAGACUUCGGUGCUAGUGGUUUGCGGGUUGGGUUUGUUUUGAGUGGGAACAAAGAUUACAUUAAUGGAUUGUCAAAUCUGAAUAUUUUCGGAGGUGUUAGCAAUCCAAUGCAAGUCAUUGUUGCAGAGCUGAUGACCGAUGAUAAAUUUGUCGACUACUAUCUAGAAGAAUCCAGUGCAAGGUUACGGAACAACUAUCAAAUUUGUGUACAAAAGCUAGAAGAAAUGGUGCUACCAUUUGUUCCAGCGCAGGCAGGCAUUUUUGUCUAUGUUGACUUUAGCGCAAUACUACCAGAAAAAACGAAGGAGUGGGAAGCAAAGCUAUGCCAAUUAUUUAUUGAUCACGCUCGUGUGAUAUUGACCCCUGGCGACAGUAUGAGAGAACAGAUGCCCGGAAUGUUCCGCAUUUGUUAUGCGUGGGUUCCCCCGGAGGUCUUGAGAGUUGGAAUGGAACGAUUGAGCCGUAUAGUGGCAAAGAUCAGACGACUGGACUGGGGAGAUCUAAAUGAGAAUACGCUUAGUGGCAUCCUUUAA